UAUAAGGUGAGCAGGGGCAGUUUCAGUCACUUCACAAUAGUAGGACACUACGACAUGGCUCUCUUCAUCCACCUGCUGCGGUGGGCAGCGCUCAUCACUCUGGCGCAAACCUACUCCACUGAGGACAUGAAGGAGGCCAUUCUACAAAAACUCGGUCUAACGGAAAUGCCCGGCCUCCAGAAAAGAGACUUGGAAAAUCUCGUGGUCCCGAAUCACAUCAAGAGCAAGUAUCUGUCCAUGCUGAAACUACACCAUGCUCGGAAGAGAAGGUCUCUGCCCAGCUUGUCUGGAAUCCUCAGGCGUAUUCAUGGCAACACAGAUAUAACUGGGGAAAUGAAAUACUCAGACACGAAUCGACAGCACUUCGUAUUUGACAUGGAGACCAGGCUGAAAGAAAACAACGAGGUGGCCAUGGCAGAACUGAAACUUUAUCAGACUGCUCCUCGUAAGCAGCCUGUGACCGAGAAGAAGAAGCACAGACCAGUCAAUCAUGCCCGAGUGAGCAUAUACUGGGUGUGCAACGAGUCCAACCACACAUCUCUAGUAGACUCAAGGUUGGUGCCAGUGAAUGAGAUCGGCUGGAGGAGCUUUGACGUGACCCAAGCGAUUCAUUACUGGUCCAGGUCUAAAACGCCAGCAAGCCCAUUGCAUUUGGAAGUGCGGAUCGAAGGAGAAAGGCCUGGGAGUUAUGCAGCCGAAAUGGCAAAGAGAGUGCGAUUCACCACUGAAAACGAGAAGAACACAGGAACACCUGAGCUCGUUCUCUACACCUUGAACUUGGAGGAAUACGGGUCCCUGGGCGAUUGUAGACGCGACGCCGACAAUCAAGCGUGCUGUCGGGAAGACUAUUACAUCAACUUCCGUGAAGUAACGUGGGCGCAGUACUGGAUCCUGGAGCCUGCUGGAUACCAGGCCUUCCGCUGCACAGGAGGAUGCAAACAGCCCAAGCGCAAUUACGGCUAUGGACCGAGAUCGUGCUCAGUGGUGGAAAGCGCUCCUCUGCCGGUCAUGUACCUGCUGAAGAAAGGCGAUUACACACAGAUCGAGGUGGCCGAGUUUCCCAACAUGAUCGUUGAAAAGUGCGGAUGUUCCAUGGACAAAAUUUCCAUAUCUUAAAAACAAGAACUUCUCACUCUUUAACCGAGCACUUAUAAAUAAUAAGUAUAAUAUUGUCUUGAGUCACGUUAGUUUAUUUUGCAUCAUAAAAGGCACUGUGUGAUUCCUUUCUUAUCUUCUGAAAAUAAAAUUAAAAAACAUUUUUUUAA